CAGUAAACAGCGUGACGGAGUAGGAAAAAAAUCGGGAGACUCAUCUUGUACGGUUUUUGUUAAUAAAAUUGUGAAGAAUCCACUGAUUAAAGUAAAAGUGUCCUCCUGCGGUAGAGGAGGUACUAUUCUAUCGAUACCGUGUGGAAGAUUUGGCGGAAAGUGCGUGAGAAAGUUGUGUGAAUUGGUCAAAAUAGAGGAUGCUUCCAUCAACUGGCUUGUUUAAGUCCAUCAAUUGUCCAUUCUUCGCCUCUGAUUCAUGCUCCAGGCCUUUUUGUCACUUCAAGCACUCCCGGAAAGAUGAAGCUGAGACAGAGGCACCUCCAGUGUACACUCCGACGCAGAAGACUGAGACAGUGGUGGCCAAGGAGAAGGGACCAGUGGCGAAGAAGGCAAAGCUGGAGUAUGUGCCGCAUAGCAUCAGCACGAAGGCUGUGACGAAUGAUCAUCCGGCACCUUCGUAUAUUCCCAAUUUGUCUGUCCUCAAGACCAAUCCCGAUGAUAUCUCCUUUGAGGAGAUUGACGAGGAACUCAAUCUAAUAUCGGACAUUCUGCAGGAUGUGGAGUCCAAUGGGGAUGCUGUUGAGGCUCCUGUGGCCACGUACAAACCCUCAAAGAUUGUCAAUGAUGACGCUCCGGAAGUCAAGGUUACGGAGAAAGAGAAUAUCGAGAAGAAGGAGGAAAAGCCUCCGGAGAGCGCGAAGGAGAAGGAAAUGAAGCCAAAGGAGGAGAAAAAGCACAAAUCUUCGAGAUCUUCUGAUCGAUCUCAUUCUUCAAAAUCCAGGCAUCACAGCUCCUCGAAAUCUUCCCAUCGGAGUCACAGGAGCUCAUCGAAGUCGCGGGAUUCAGACAAGAAGAGCAGUAGCAGCUCUAGGAGGCAUCAUUCUUCCAGGAGUUCCUCCAAAUCUUCCAGUGACAAAAAGUCCGGAAAGAGUUCAUCGAGUCACAAAUCGAAAGGAUCUUCCUCAUCCUCUCGGAAGUCAGACAGUCAGAAACAGAAGAUUUUGGCAGAUCAGGACGUGGAUAUCUUUGCCUUGGAGGCGGAGAGUAGCGACGAGGAUGAUAUCAUGGAGCAAUGUAAGUUGAUCUUUGAGGAAUUUCAGGAGAAACAGCCACAGGAACCUGCGCAUCAGGAAGAGAAAAAACCCAUCCCGGAAGUGCAAGAGCCGUACGAGGAUGUGUCGAAGAAGAAAAGAGUGGCUCAUGAAAAUGCCCAGAAACGUCCAUCGUUGCUUCCGGCACCGCCAAAGCGUACCAAUCACAUGCAAAAUGCCCUCCAGAGCGUCUAUCAGAGGCAGAAAUUGGUCCGGAGGCAGCUGGAGGCUGCGAAGGAGGUCAAAGAACCCCAGAAACCAGAACCCCAGUUGAAAUCCCCGCCACAGUCUCCUGGUCAGAAUCCCACUCCGAGGCGAAUGAUUGCGCCAGUUUCGAACACAGUCGCCCUCAUGAAUGCCAAGAAGCGCAUUGAGGAGCUCCGGAGGCAGAAGACAAUCGCCCAGACAGCUUCGAAAGUUGGAAAGAGAAUUGCCCAUGCCAAUCCGGCAAUCCUGACAGAACAGCCCGCUCCGCCAGUUCUCGAACCAACAGCCACAAAAAUCUCCUACAAUCUCCGGAUGCAGUACUACAACAUCAUGGUCAAGCACUGCCAGGGCAUCUAUCCCAAUUUCGAGGAUGCCUGGCAGAGGGCACAAACGGAAGAGUUGACCGUGUUCAAGAAAUGCAGCAGUCCAGUGAUUUACAAAAGCAGUGCUUCCCUCGUUGUCAAUAAACUCCGGAAGGAGUCCAUUGAGGCGGGGAAUCAUCACACAGACAGGUACACAAAUCCCUCAGCAAAAUCCCUCCCAGCCCAGUUUCACCUCCCAAAAAUUACUUUCAGGAACAAUUUAGUGUCGCACGAUGUGAUCCUGGCUGGAAAGUCAGCACGAAAUACUUCAUGGAGCAUCAACAAAAAGACACGCACUGAUUCAACGUACAGUGGAAAUACCUUCGAUACAAUUGCCAGUUCAAAGGCUUACGAUUUAGCAGCUGAUUGUGUUUUGACGGAGGAUCAGUUGCGUGAAAAUGGUUUCCCCCGUCCGGGAAAACACAAGGGACAGGCGACCAUUUGCAAAACCUACCAGAAUCACCAUCUGAAGCCACCGAAUCCGGACGAAAGAUACUGCAGUCGCUGUUCUAAACUCUUCACAAUCACCUGCUAUGAUCGUCCGGGAGUAGAUGAAUGCAAUUACCAUCCCAAGAGCACUGGCUUCCGAAGGGGAUGCGCAGACAAUCAUCACAGGUGCUGCCAGCAAGUGGCUGGAACUCCGGGAUGCAUGUACGCUAACUACCAUGUUAGUCAUCAAGUUGACUACGAGAAUCUCACGGGAUUCGUAACGACAAUCUCCCGGGAUGAGGAGUACGUUUGUACCAGGAAUGAUAUUUUUGCAUUGGACUGCGAAAUGUGCUACACGACGGAAGGGUUGGAAUUGACGAGGGUUACGGUCGUGGAUGUCAAUCAGAAAGUCGUCUACGAUGCCCUCGUGAAGCCAGACAAUCGAAUCGUUGACUACAAUACUACAUAUUCUGGAAUAACUGAAGCAAUGCUGGCCAAAGAAACACGAACAUUGCGUGAAGUUCAAGCGGUUUUACUCUCAAUGUUUCACUCUCGGACAAUUUUGGUGGGGCACAGUCUGGAGAGUGAUCUGCAGGCACUGAAGAUGAUUCACAGUCAUGUCGUGGAUACAUCGGUGCUCUAUCCACACAAAAUGGGACCACCGAAGAAGAGGGCUCUCAAGACGCUCUGUAUCGAAAAUCUCAAGAGGAUUAUACAGGAAAAUGAAAGUGGUCACGAUAGUGCUGAAGAUGCAGAAGUUUGCAUUCAAUUGUUGAAGGAGUACUUGAGGAAUCGCAUCACAUAGAAAUGCGUCUCACAACAUUGACUCGUCGCCUUUUGAUAUUUUUACGAAAAUAUUUCAACAACAAAAAAAACAUCAUCUGUAUUUAUUUUUGUUCAUGCAUUCUUUCAAAACUUUUAAUAAAUUGCCUUCAACCAUU